UGGCGUCCACGGUCCACCGUCCACAGAACAACAUAAAAGAUAUUAGAUAACACUCCGUAGUCCGUCGAGUCCGUCCUACACUUCUAUAGUAGAGUAGAUUAAAUUUAACCUAUUCUGUAUUUCUGUGGUCCUACCACUUUCACACUUCACUGUGCACGUCGAGCGUAAGAGUAAAGACACGUUAUAUUAAUUUUAUGCUCUUGGUAAAUUAUAUCGGAAUAUCUUCUCAACCAGGUUAUGGAAGUAAAAUGUCAAUGAUAAAACCUUCAAACACCAUGAGUGAUAAUGAUCGAUUAGUACCUUGCUGCAGCACCUCAAAUCCUAUGCCUAGCUCUAGCAUAACAGAUUCAAAUCCAAGUUGUAGUAAAACAACUCAAAUUUCAAACCCUAACACUAGUAGUUUAAACGAGGGUUGUAGUAAUCCGGGCCCAUCUAAUGAAGAUGAAGAAUUAGCGCUACCCCGUGCAUCAAUCAAUAAAAUGAUUAAAGAUGCUUUACCAAAUAUUCGGGUUGCUAAUGAUGUAAGAGAAAUGAUAAUGAACUGUUGCACUGAAUUUAUUCACUUAGUAGCAUCGGAAGCUAAUCAAGUAUGCAUGGCUCAGCAGAAAAAAACUAUUAACGCUGAACAUUUAUUAAUUGCCCUAGACCAUUUGGGAUUUGGAGACUAUCGAGCACAAGCAGAAGAAGUUGGUAAAGACUGUCAGUCUAAAAGAAGAAGACAAAGUACAAGACUCGAAAAUUUAGGCAUACCAGAGGAAGAACUGUUACGACAGCAACAAGAAUUAUUCGCAAAGGCCAGAGAAGAGCAAAUGGCUCAAGAACAACAACAAUGGCAAGAACUACAAGCUGCAGCUCAGCGAGCUGCUAUUAAACCUAAGACUGAAGAAAGCAGUGAUGAAGACGAUUACUCCUAAUUUAUAAUUCAACAGAAUUAUAGACAAUUCAAAUUCAUCAUCAUUAUGAAUUUAAUUUUUUUUUCUUAAUUUGUUAUCAUCAGUUUGUACAUUUUUACUAGUAUCUAAUUUUCUUAUAAAUGUUUAUUUUUUAAAUUGUUCCAUUAACUUUUUUGUCAAAUAAAUAAAUAAUUGCGUACAAUUUAAAUUAUAUAUUACAAUACUCUUGCAAUAUAUAUAUUAUAUAAUAUGUAUAUAAAUCUUUUAAGAGUAGACUUUUUAACAAAGCCUAUGGACAGUAAAACAACUUUACUUUUGUAUUGAUUGGAACAAUUUAUUAUGAAUUGAAAAUAAAAAAUAAUAUUGUUUAAAACAAUUA